UGCACAGAACAUAACAGAAGCAAGGUGUCCCAAUGAAUUCCCAACUCAUUAUGCAACUCCAGUAUAUAACCCCGCUAUGCUCAACAGCCCCCAAUCACAAAGAUAGUCGCAGCCACAAGGAACACUUGAUACCCCAACACACUCUAGAGGAAGAUUUGACAUGGAUUUCAUCUUACCACCCACGAUACCCGUUGAUGGCAUCCAAUGGGAGAAGGUUUUACCGCCACUUUUCCCCCGUCUCAAUGGGACUUACGGACAAUAUAACUGGACACCCCAACUGUUAAUUCCAGAGAUUGAUAGUACCAGCGCUGCAGAGGCAACUUGUGACGAUAGUGGAUUUACAGUUCAAGUCGAUGUCAAACUAUUUAACCCAAAGGAUCUGUUGGUCAAAGUAAUCGGAGAUUUUGUAGAGGUACAAGGAAAGCACGAAGAAAGAAAGAAAGAUAGUCCUGGAAUGACAACACGGCAGUUUAACCGUCGCUAUCGAAUUCCAAAGGGUGUGGACACCAUGGCUUUAGAAUCAGCAGUUUCUCCGGAUGGUGUGCUCAUCAUAACUGCACCCAUACUACAAAGAGAAAUGUCCCAAUCACAGCCGUUCUCAUAGAAUCCGUUUGUUAUGUUCUAAUAUGGCAUCAUGGUGUUUGAGAUUUGUAAAUAUAUGCUAUUUCAUGUCAACCUCCAUAGUAUUUUAAGAAUCAACAAUUUGUAAAUAUUAGCAUUACAGUUUAAAAGCUGUUUUCAUUUUAAGCAGUCAUGUUCUGGUUAUAGAAUUUUUGUUGUAUUUUAUUUCCUCCAUAAAUGUCAAUAAAAUAC